AACUUUUCUGUGCUCCAUCUCCAUCUCCAAAAGCAUUUUCCCUCUCCAAAGGAAACAAAAGCGUUGGUUGACAACGGAAUCAAACAUAUUCCGCCACCACCAUCCUCAUCUCAAGUGAUCUUUUAGACCCUGCUUUGCUUUCUUCCUUCCCAUCCUUGAUCCUCCCCACAGAACCCAUCUUUCUGCGAUACCAAGAAAGCUAAAGAAGAUUUUUGGAAGCAAAAAUGCCUUCCUCCGAGUCCUCUGUUGGUUCCUUCUUGAGGCAGUUGAGCCACAGGGACCCUUGGAGCUCGUCGAAGAGGUGGAGCAAGAAGCAGCCGCCGGAGAAGACGCUCAGCCAGAUGGAGGGCCUGAAUCUCCAUGAGAAUGGGAUGGUGCUGAGGAAGAGGGUCAUGGUGGUCGUCGACUCCUCGACGCGCGCCAAGCACGCCAUGAUGUGGGCUCUGACCCAUGUAGCCAACAAGGGUGAUCUCCUCACUCUACUUCAGAUCAUACCACCAAGCACCAGCAGGGGCGCCCUUGUCACCAGCGGUGAUAGGACCUCCCAUCUUGCCAACAGCCUCGGAUCCCUUUGCAAGGCAUGCAGGCCAGAGGUUGAAGUUGAGGCCCUUGUGAUCCAAGGGCCUAAAGUGUCAACAGUCAUCAGCCAAGUGAAGAAACUUGAAGCAUCUGUUCUGGUUUUGGGCCAGAAGAAGCCUUCUCCUCUCAGCUGCCUGUUCCAGAGCAGCAGUGAGGAGUUCGUGGAGCAGUGCAUCAAGCACGCCGACUGCCUAACCUUGGCUGUCAGGAAGCAGAGCAGGAGCGUCGGUGGGUACCUCAUCAGCACUAGAUGGCAGAAAAACUUCUGGCUUCUUGCUUGAUCGAUCUGACCAUGGUCAUAGCCAUGCUCUUGUAAUUGAGACUUUGUGCUCUGUUGUAAAACUGACUGUAAUAAUGAAAGCCAUAAAUAGUUAACCAUCUUUCUAA